AGAAUUCAUUGUCCAUUGAGAGUAAGCAGCUAUUUGUACCCUCUCAGCUAGUCACUACACAAGCAGCUAUUUGAUGCAACUCGAGCGCAAAAUUCGACAUCUUUGUGGACUAAGUCAGAGUGUACCAGUGCUUGCGUGACGUGCUACAUACAUAGCAGGAGACUCAAGGCCCAGCCGACAGGUGAACUUCACACCUUUGACAAGGGACAUACGUAUAUAGAUAUAUAUGGCACGGUAGACAUACCGAGAUCAUACGCUAGUGCCAACACUUGUGAUCAUAUCUCCGGUUGUUGAGGACAAUUUGACAGUGUGUCGGUAUAUUCCUGGAACUUUUAAAAAAACUUUCGAAACGACUGCGAUAUUGUGGGAUCGCUGGGCAGCAUCAUCGACGGCAAUGCACACCAUGUCAGACCCCAACUACAUCGAUGUUGAACGUACUGACGAAAGGUAUCGCACUCCUUGUGAUCCUGACAAGUUUUCGGCCGAAAUGGACGGCGGGGCUUGCAAAAGCGCCAACAGCAGUCUCAACGACAGCGGUGCUAGCGUCGACACAACCUCUACUGUAACAUCAGAUGAAGAAAGACGACACCACGACGACGACAUCAAGAUGACAUCAUCAAGUGAAGAUGAGCACAUCGUAAGAAGUCCAGCUAGCAAUAAAGACACUGCUUUGGACGACAACGGGGUUCGUCGGUACCGUACAGCGUUCACGAGGGAGCAAAUCGGUCGUUUAGAGAAGGAGUUCCUCAAAGAAAACUACGUCUCACGUCCAAAGCGUUGUGAACUGGCCGCGUCCCUCAACUUGCCUGAGAGUACCAUUAAGGUGUGGUUCCAGAACAGGCGAAUGAAGGACAAGCGACAACGUAUGGCUAUGGCCUGGCCCUACGGCAUUGCUGACCCAAACAUCUACGCCUACAUCGCUGCUGCUGCUGCAUCAUACCCAUACGGCAUCGCGGCUGCCGGAGCUCCCUUCGGCUGCUACUCCGGAAUGGGCUUGCAGCGCCCCCAGGCGGGUCUUGCCCAGCUCCCUAUGACAGCAGGACUUCGGCCAGGAGCAGAGUAUUUCAACAAUCUGACAAACUCCUUCCUUCGACCCUCAACGAUGGUGGUACCCCAUACCGUCCAUUCGCCCCCUACAGUUCGGUCGCCGUUAGACCCAACAGCUCUUAUGGGUCACAGUGCUCCCUCCACCCCCUCAACUCCCCCUUCGGACUCUUUGUGCUCUAGCCCAUUUCCCUCAACACCUACACUACACAAACCCUCCCCUGUGUCAACGAAGAGCAACAGCUCUACAGCUCCCAAUGGGCUCUUCCGACCAUUCCAGUCUGAAGUUGAGCGGACGUAGCUCUCCGUCAUCACGACAUCAGAUGAUGUCACAAAGACAUAUAUUACAUAUGGGACUUGGAGAACUCAAGUAUUGUGCUGAGGUUGAGUUGUCUCCCUUAUGUGGUUGAGUUGUCUCCCGUGUGAAAAAGCCGCCCUGCAGAACGUCACGGGGCGUCACGAUUGUGCUCAUGCCACCACUGAGGGAACUACGGUUGGACACUGUGUGCUGUUAUUGUUGAUAUUGCCUCGUCUCAGUGGGCGGAGAUGACAGCGUCACAUGCCGUCACAGACGCACGGAGUGCGUUACACUCACGCGCAUUAGGUGGACACGGGUAUUCUGCGCACACAACUGAACUUACUCAAGACGACGCGAUUGUCUCAUUCCCUAUACUCACUUUGUCAAAAUAUGUUGUUUUUAUGUAAAUAUCGGAGAGAGAUUUAUGAUUGUUUUUGUUUGUACAUACUAUAUAUUCUUCAGUUUUGGAGAGUAAGAAAUAAAACUGUCUAUGCGAAAA